AUGAGAUUUCCGAGGAAGCCAAAAAUUAUCCCACCUCCGCCUGGAUUGGAUCAAACUGCAUGGUGUAGUAUGCAUGCGGCCGAACUGCGCCGCUCCUUGGAGUCAUUGUUGCCCACGAACCCAGUACCUGCGAACGUACAUGAGCAGUCACAGCCCGAACAGCGAGCUGUGGCACCAUUCAUAUUCGAGGCCACUAAUACCGACACAACGACAACGAACUAUAAUCUUACACCUCCGUCUUCGAAGUCUGUUGAACGGGCUUCAAGACCGUGCCUCAGCGACGAGAGCACUGAAUCCGGUCCAGCGAAGGAGAGGCCCCAACAGGCGAGCUCGACACUGCUUUCGACCCUGGCGUCCGAGGUGGCUCAGAUCUUUCAAAAUCCCGAGUCUGCCGUGCAGCUGGUGGUUCAACAGAACGUCUCGGUCUUCUAUGGUGGCUCAACGCUUCCCUCAUACCUGCUGAAAGUCUGGACCUCAUCAGCCGCGUGUGGUUCGUUGUUGAAUCUCCGCAAUGCCACUUUGUUACAGCAAACACUCCACGAUACUUUGGGAAUUGCUUCCGAUCGAGGUGCUGUGCUCUUCAUGCCAGUUCCGGAGGUGAACAUCGGAACGAUUUGUUCAACGGCACAAAGUGUUUUCGGCCGCCAAGAGCAAGUCGGUGCCCAACGUUCUGGAUUAUUCAGAACCCUUUCUCGAGGCAUGAGUCGCCGACUCAAACGUACCAGUGACACGACCGGACCACUCAUAGUGUCUGGGGCCACCCCAACUCAUAUACGGCUGUAUGAGGCCGACCGCAAAAGAUCUUCUGAAAACGCCGCCGUGGUGGACGCAGAGCAAAAGGAAUACGACGGUCCCAAAACGAGGGAGUCUUUGAUGAGCAUUCUCGAACGUCUUCGAAGAGCAAAAAAAAGCAAGGUCAAACAAGAAAGCGAGGGUGACACAUGUCACGGUGGUAGGGAUUGA